AUGGCUCUCUGGUCUGUGGUACUUCUUACCCUCCUUUUUGCCAUUGCUGAAUGUCAGACAACCAUUUCAUUCAACCAAACCGACCUAGAGGCAGCCAUGGCUGACAUGAGAAGCAGGUCUUACUAUGGAUUUGUCAUCCUCCUCAAAAUUCUCAACAGCCAGCAAAAUUCACUGAGAAGCAAUGAUUUGACAUUCCUAAUGCCAAAUGAUGAUGAACUAUCACAGUUCUCCAUAUCUCUAGACCAGCUGCAUGAUUUCAUACUCAGCCAUUCUAUUCCAACACCGUUGUUGCUCAGUCACCUAUUACGUUUUCCAAAUGGCUCUGUGGUUCCCUCUAGCAUUCCAAGUAGGAUGAUCAACAUCACCAACACCGGUAGAACAGGUUUGUUUGUGAACAAUGCAAGGAUUGUCACACCAAAUGUAUGCCAAAGCUCUUUAAUAAGAUGCCAUGGAAUCAGUGCUGCUUUGACGUUUGCAAACAUGGCUUCGUUCCACCGAACUCCACAAGCUAACUUGCCAAACCCAGCUGCAUCUGUCAAGAAGAUGAGUAUCCCAUUUUUCUAG